AUAUAAUGACCGUGAGAAUUGGGGGUCCUAGGGUUUUAUUCAUUUUCGUCACGUAAGAAGGGUAAGCUGCGGCCGCCAUGGUUCUCAAGACUGAGCUCUGCCGUUUCAGUGGCCAGAAGAUUUAUCCUGGCAGGGGCAUUAGGUUCAUUCGGUCUGACUCUCAGGUCUUCCUGUUUGCAAAUUCUAAAUGCAAGAGGUACUUCCACAAUAAGCUGAAGCCCUCAAAGCUUACAUGGACUGCCAUGUUCAGAAAGCAGCACAAGAAGGACAUUGCACAAGAAGCGGUUAGGAAGAGGCGUCGUGCUACCAAGAAGCCUUACUCUAGGGCUAUCGUUGGUGCAACCUUGGAAGUUAUUCAGAAGAAAAGAGCCGAGAAACCAGAAGUCCGUGAUGCUGCUAGGGAGGCAGCUCUUCGAGAAAUCAAGGAGAGGAUUAAGAAAACCAAGGAUGAGAAGAAAGCAAAGAAAGCAGAGGUAGUAUCUAAACAAAAGACUCAAGGGAAGGGUGGCAAUGUGCCUAAAGGUAAGGGACCUAAACUUGGAGGUGGUGGUGGUAAGCGUUGAAAUAUUGUCAUCGUUUUCUUUCUUUACUAGAAGAUGUUACAUGUUAGUCAAAAUUUUGAAUGUUUUGUAUUUGUUGAUGAGGCAAACCUAUCCUUUACAUGUUGGUUAUUGUUCACAAUAUUUGUUUUUUGGUGAAAUUGAAGUGAUCUAAUUUAUGAUUUUGGUGA